ACUCUCGCUCUUGCUGAUUGAGGCAGGGAGAUAAUGAAUUAGGAGCCACGGGAGGUGAGAGCCAACGCCUCCCCUGCAGCCGCAGCGUGCUCCGGGUGAUGUUUCCUUACUCGUUUACAAGACAAUAGCCGAAAAAAAUUUAAGAGGGGGAGAAAAUGACUGAACCUUCUGUGUGAGAUAAUGGAUGAGCCCGGGAUGACCUGUUUUUUUCCUUGCGGUGGAGCGGUGCUGAAGACAGAGGGCACCCGCGCCCAGCCCACAGCCGUCGCCCCGCCGCCAGCGCGCCAGCUCGGGGCGGCCGGAGAGCCGCCAAUGCCCGCUCCCGGCAGGCAGGGAGCCGCUGCCUCGCCCGGCCAGGUUAAAAGUCACUAGGAUGACGGCUGUCUUGGCACCUUCAAGAGUGAUGCUGUGAGGCUUCGUUGUGAUGGUAUUUGGAGCAACCUGGCCGUCAUCUGGGAGAAGCAGAUCCCAUUUCCUACAUGUCCUUAAACCAUGUGCAGGCAAGGGGAGCCCAUGAAAUUUGUAACCUGGGUCUGGAUGACAUCGUGCAACAAAAUGAUUGGUAUGCUGCUGGUCUUUUUCCCUGCUCUGCUGCUGGAGAUGGACGUGCUGCCCAGGAGUGGGGGUCGGAGGGUUCUUCUCUCCGCAGCCUCCUCACAGCGGUCGGUGGCUCGGAUGGACGGGGAUGUCAUCAUUGGGGCCCUCUUCUCUGUCCAUCACCAGCCACCAGCCGAGAAAGUGCCCGAGAGGAAGUGUGGGGAAAUCCGGGAGCAAUACGGCAUCCAGAGAGUCGAGGCCAUGUUUCACACCUUGGAUAAAAUUAACGCAGACCCGGUCCUGCUACCUAACAUCACCCUGGGCAGCGAGAUCCGAGACUCCUGCUGGCACUCCUCCGUGGCCCUGGAGCAGAGCAUUGAGUUCAUUCGGGACUCUCUCAUCUCCAUCAGGGAUGACAGGGAUGGAGGCACCCGCUGCAUUUCCGACUCGCAGACCCAGCCCCAGGCCAGAGUGAAAAAGCCCAUCGCGGGGGUCAUCGGCCCCGGCUCCAGCUCAGUCGCUAUCCAAGUCCAAAAUCUGCUCCAGCUCUUCGACAUCCCCCAGAUCGCCUACUCUGCCACCAGCAUCGACCUGAGCGACAAAACGCUGUACAAGUACUUCCUCAGGGUGGUCCCCUCCGACACGCUGCAGGCCAGGGCCAUGCUUGACAUCGUCAAGCGCUACAACUGGACCUACGUCUCGGCCGUGCACACGGAAGGAAAUUAUGGGGAAAGUGGAAUGGAAGCCUUCAAAGAGUUGGCUGCCCAAGAGGGUCUCUGCAUUGCUCACUCUGACAAGAUCUACAGCAACGCCGGCGAGAAGAGCUUUGACCGCCUGCUGCGCAAGCUGCGGGAGAGGCUGCCCAAGGCCAGAGUGGUGGUGUGCUUCUGCGAGGGAAUGACUGUCAGGGGCAUCCUCAUCGCCAUGCGCCGCCUGGGGGUGCUCGGCGAGUUCCUGCUCAUUGGAAGUGACGGCUGGGCAGACAGAGAUGAGGUCAUUGAAGGCUACGAACCCGAAGCAAAUGGAGGCAUCACUAUCAAGCUGCAGUCUCCUGAGGUGCUGGCUUUCGAUGAUUACUACCUGAAGCUGCGGCUGGACACCAACACCCGCAACCCCUGGUUUCCCGAGUUCUGGCAGCACAGAUUCCAGUGCCGCAUCCCAGGGCACCCGCUAGAGAAUCCCAACUUCCAGAAGAAUUGCACUGGCAAUGAGAGCUUAGAAGAAAAUUACGUGCAGGACAGUAAAAUGGGAUUUGUCAUCAAUGCAAUAUAUGCUAUGGCUUAUGGGCUGCAGAACAUGCAUCAUUCCCUUUGCCCCGGACAUGUUGGACUGUGUGAUGCUAUGAAGCCAAUUGAUGGCAGCAAGCUCCUGGAGUUCCUCCUCAAAUCCUCAUUCAUUGGUGUUUCUGGAGAAGAAGUGUGGUUUGAUGAAAAGGGAGAUGCCCCUGGAAGAUAUGACAUCAUGAACCUGCAGUACAUAGAGCCCAACCGCUACGACUACGUCCUGGUUGGGACCUGGCACGAGGGCGUGCUCAACAUUGAUGACUACAGGAUUCAGAUGAAUAAGAGUGGAAUGGUCCGGUCGGUGUGCAGUGAGCCUUGCCUGAAGGGCCAGAUCAAGGUGAUCAGGAAAGGAGAAGUGAGCUGCUGCUGGAUUUGCACUGCUUGCAAGGAGAAUGAAUUUGUUCAGGAUGAAUUCACCUGUAAAGCCUGUGAGCUGGGCUGGUGGCCAAAUGCUGACCUGACAGGCUGCGAACCCAUCCCUGUAAAGUAUCUCCAGUGGAGCAAUAUAGAGUCUAUUGUGGCUGUGGUCUUUUCCUGCCUGGGGAUCCUGGUCACCAUGUUUGUCACCCUUAUCUUUGUGCUCUACAGAGACACCCCUGUUGUCAAGUCCUCCAGCCGCGAGCUCUGCUAUAUAAUCCUGGCUGGCAUCUUUCUGGGUUACGUCUGCCCUUUCACCCUUAUAGCUAAACCCACCACGACCUCCUGCUACCUCCAGCGCCUCCUGGUGGGCCUCUCCUCCGCCAUGUGCUAUUCCGCCCUGGUGACCAAAACCAACCGCAUCGCGCGCAUCCUGGCGGGCAGCAAGAAGAAGAUCUGCACCCGCAAGCCGCGCUUCAUGAGCGCCUGGGCCCAGGUGGUCAUCGCCUCCAUCCUGAUCAGCGUGCAGCUGACGCUGGUGAUCACGCUGAUCAUCCUGGAGCCCCCCAUGCCCAUCCUCUCCUACCCCAGCAUUAAGGAAGUUUACCUUAUCUGCAACACCAGCAACCUGGGCGUCGUGGCUCCUGUGGGCUACAACGGACUCCUCAUCAUGAGCUGCACGUACUACGCCUUCAAGACUCGCAACGUGCCUGCCAAUUUCAACGAGGCCAAGUACAUUGCAUUCACCAUGUACACCACUUGCAUCAUCUGGCUCGCCUUCGUGCCCAUCUACUUCGGGAGUAACUACAAGAUCAUCACCACCUGUUUUGCAGUGAGCCUGAGCGUGACAGUGGCUCUGGGGUGCAUGUUCACUCCCAAGAUGUACAUCAUUAUUGCCAAGCCCGAGAGGAACGUCCGCAGUGCCUUCACCACCUCAGAUGUGGUGCGUAUGCAUGUCGGGGAUGGCAAGGCACCUUGCAAGUCCAACACUUUCCUCAACAUAUUCCGGAGAAAGAAGCCAGGGGCUGGAAAUCCAAAUUCUAAUGGAAAGUCUGUGUCAUGGUCUGAACCAGGUGGAAGACAAGAUCCAAAGGGGGAACAUACGUGGCACAGACUCUCAGUGCAUGUGAAGAACCAGGAGAUAGGGUGCAAUCAGACAGCGGUGAUCAAACCCCUCACUAAAGACUGCCACGGCCAAAAUCUGACUUUUACCGACAUCAGCACUAAGACUCUGUACAAUGUGGUGGAGGAAGAAGACAGAGAGCCCGUUCACCUCAACCAGUCCAACAGCCCUUCCAUGGUGGUGCACAGGCGGGUGGCAACGACCCCCCCGCUGCAGGCCACGGCGGAGGAAACCCAACUCUUCUUGCCUGAGCAGUCCCCCAAGACCCUGCCCCUGCAGCCACAGUCUCUCAUGGACCAGCUGCAAGGAGUGGUCAACAAGUUUGCCACCGGCAUCCCCGACUUCAACGCUGUCCUCCCCACUCCCGGCUCAGGGAACGGCGUGCGGCCUCCCUGCCCACCCCCGCCACCGCAGCAGCCCCUGCAGCCCUUCCAGGUGGCUGCCUUCAGCCAGGAGCCCCUGUCUCCCCCGGCUGAGGAAGCCGAGAGUGAGAAGGUGAAGCUCAUUCAGGGAUAUGUGUAUGAGAAGAGCACAGAGGAGGAGGAGGACGAGGAGCCGGCAACCAGCAAACUGACUCUGGAAGACUCUCCGGCGCUGACGCCCCCGUCCCCUUUCCGGGAUUCAGUGGCUUCGGGCAGCUCCGUGCCCAGCUCCCCCGUGUCGGAGUCGGUGCUCUGCACACCCCCAGAUGUGACCUACGCCACUGUCAUCCUGAGGGAUUAUAAGCAAAGCUCGUCCACCCUGUAGAUGCUGCAAGAGACAAGACAGGAAGGACUUCGGCAGCUGCCCACCGGGAGGACUUGCAGAGACAAGCCUCCCAGGGCUGUGGGAGAGAGAGCAGAGAACAAAGUGACAAAUGACAGGGCAAAAAUUUCGUCCUGCACUUAAAUAACUAAAAUGAAACAAAAAGAAAAUAAAAAAUCCAUUCUGAGGGCUCAAGAUUCUCUAUCUGUUGAAAAUAAAUGUACUUUGGAAAAAAUGUUAGGAAACCACAACAAAGCACAAACUAAAGGAACAACUUCUAUAGCAAAAAAAAAAAAAAAAAAAAAAAAGAAUAUACAUGCAGGAAAAAAAUAUAAUCACACUUAGUCACACCCUUUCUUGGCAAUGCUUGAAAAGGACUCUGGGGAGUGCGACCUGGAGAAGUCAUUAGCACACCUCAUGGCUGUCUGUCUGCUAUGGGAGUAACACACCCAGGAGCCAGAAGGGCAGAGUGUGGUGCGGGGGAACAAAGCUACUUGUAUAUGAGACAUAUAUGCAUAAAUAUCUUUUUCCUGGUUUCUACAGGUGGUAUAACUGUGGAACUUUAUACAGGUGGUAUAACUGUGUAACUUUAUUUUGGGGAGAGGAGAUGAGAUAAUGUGAAAGCACAUGGCUCUUACUGACUCCUACCUGAACGAUUUUGUCCUUCAUACUAGGCUGCUUUUUGGGGGAUUUGGGCUUCUUUUAAUGUUGAUUGUGAACAGAGCAAGAAAUAUGAUCAAGUUAAGACUCAAGAGGUUUCUGAAGAAAGCCUUGCCAUAGUACUUGUAACAUGAUAAGGACUUGGAAAAACUGCCCUUUUGUACAAGGUUGCAAACCACGUGGCUAAACUGUUACACAACAUUUCCUGUAGCAGAACAAUAUUUAUUGACUAUCUUUUCAUAAAACAAUGUAUUUUGCCAUGCCAUUGCAUCAUCCCUUUGUGUUACUUCGGAAACAAAUGCAUUGAGAAAUAACUGUUUACUUAGAGCAACAACUGUUAGUCUGGAGGAAGGGCAAUUCCACGCUGGGGGUUUCGGAGCCUCCAGCAGGAGAGUGAGCGUACGUUUGUGUAACUGUAUGCGUGGGUACGGUGUGUGUGAAGAGUAAUGUCCAAUAACUACCACUGGAAGAUUGUCUUAUAUACUAUGAAUAUUUUUAUGUUUAAAUCAUGUUUUUAUAUCGCGUUGGUACAAAUAUUCGAUAGAUCUUUGAAGGUUUGUAUGCUGUGCUAACAUAUCCUUUUUUUCAUAUACAAGCUGAGACAGUCGUUACCCUUAUAAUGGGGUGCUUUGUUUUGCAGAUAUUUUAUGAAGUAGAUAUAUGAUAUUAAUAACCAGUGCAUUGAGAACUUGUUAUUUUACAUGUUUUGCAGCAAGUGUGGCUAACCAAAAAAAUCCAAAACCCAACAAAAAGAAAUCCGUUUUAGAACUCUUGCAGGUGAGAGACAGGAAAAGUAAACCAACUAUUUCACUGCUUCAGAUAAUUUAAAAUGAAAUCAUGUCAGGACAGGAAAUUUCAUCAGUGCUUAAUGUGUGCAUAAAUUCCCAGGUUUUGCUACUGAUAAUUAUUUAAAACCCUUUAUGAUGUUUAGUUGCCUGUUCUUAUGCAUUCACUUCUUGUGUUUAGUAUACAAUAUAGCUUAAAGGUCACUUCCAGGCAUUUGUAGUUCUGUCAUCUAUUCCUCUUCCUCCUCUAUCUUUCAUGCGUUUCCUAGAGAUGGGCCUAAUCUAAAGCUCCCUAAUGACUGGCAUGAUAAAAGUCCAGGUCUAAUUGCUAUGGUCUGAACAUAAUUAUAAUGAUGAUUACCUAUUUAUAAAUGUGCUUAUUAUACAUUCACAGAUCAGGAUUUUAGCUGCUAUGAUCUUUGCUAGUGCUGCUGAAUUCAGCUGAGGACGACGAUCUGUCCCACAGUUCCACGCUUUAUUUCAAAAAAUAUUUUAAAGGAAUGUCUUCCUGUUAAUGUAGUUGCAAACCUUGAUUUUAACCAUGCUUCUUUUGAAUAUUCUACCAGAGCUUUUCUGAAUUAAUCAUGAUUCGAGUAUUUUUCUUUCUUUUCACUUGAAUUUUAAAAAGUCCCUCUUGUUAUCAAUUCGUCUCUGAAGAUCCAAAUCUCAUAGUUUUUCCCUAAUUAUGCAGUAUUGGUUUUGGAAUGUUUGGCUCCCAUUCAAAAUCAGAGACAGUCUUUUUUUCUCAUCCUCUUUUCACAAUAUUUGCUCCUUUCAAUAUUACUUGUGGCCAAUUGCUAUCAUCGUCCUGAUGUGGAAAGCAUGAAAUGACUUUGCCCAAAGAUAAGUUUUUGUCAGUAUGUUGAUGUCUCUAUAAUGAAUUGAAGACAGCUGAGGGUUAGUUGGUUGAUUUUUUGUUCUGCUUGGGGCCUUUAGGGGGAUAUUUUCUGUUGCUGUUUCUUUUAUUUAAAAUGCUGAUUACUCCUUAAAGCAGUGAGAAAAAUGCCGUCUUUGUUGAACACUGCACUGGCAAUGAAUUCUAUCUGCUAACAGUUGUAGUAUAAGAUCUGCUGUGCUGUUUCCAAAAACACACAUUGUCAGUAGCACAGAUACUAAGAAGCCAGUCUUUGAAGAUCUGAGAGAGAUAAGAAAAAGAAAUACAGCAGAUUUGUAUAGACAAGGAGAUGGCAAUGUGGCAAGGUACUAUACUGUUUUCAUAUCUGUCUGCUUUGAACAUAUUAAGCACUGAUUUUAUUACUGCAAUGUAAUUAUAUCAUGAGUAAGAGUUUUCUUGAAAUUCAGUAUAUUAGCUUUUAGUUUGUAAUUGUUAAAACUGGAAACAUACACGUACGUAAAUAUAUCUAAAGAGCAAGAACUCACCUUGUGUAUGCAGCUGUAUGAGCUACAAAGCUUUCUGUAGAAGUUCUUUCUUUUGGUCUGUCAAAUGCUUGAUGAAAACUGCCUUUUUGUCAAAAUGAUCUUGAAAAUGCUGUAAAAUAAAUAUUUUCUAUUUAUUAUUUAAAAA